AUGGACGUUGACUGCCCGAUCGUUAGCCUGAAGCGAUCCAGCAGCGCGCCGAUGAUUAACGAGAUCAGCGCGACCAUGUCCGUCACCACGCCGUCGACGUCGUCGUCGAGGGACGCUGUAUCGACCUAUAAUAUAUUUUCUAAUUCAACUCGUCUACGACGCUUUAGUACCAGUAGCCCUGGUAAUGUUCCUAGAUUGACACCACGCGUGAGUCAGUUAAGACAGGAGGAAUGCGUGGACGUCGCUGGCCGGGAGGCAGCACACGAGAGGGAAAUUCACAGUGCCAUGCAGAUAUCGCAAUCAUGGGAGGACCUUACGUUGGAGGCGGAAGGAUUGUCGUUCAAAGACUCGGAGUCACCCACGCAGCAGCUUAACAAAAUGGAACGGCCGAAGAGGCCGUUGGAUCCUCUAAGUCUGAAUCUGUCUAUCACCGGCUCGCCGCUGUGUUCUUCACCUUCCCCCACAAGAUCUGGAUUUAAUCAAAGACAAUGUUACUCUCCUGGCAUUCACAUCUGGAAGAACAAUUUGUCUCCUAGUCCGACGAGAAAGGCGUUUGCCACGAGACGCAGUUUGAGUCCUAUCGCGAUAAGGCCAAGCUGUUUGGGGCCAGUCAAAAGAAAAUUCGAGCUGGACGAGGCCGGAAUGGAUCACAAUUUGCAACCACCUGCAAAACGCACCUCUGGUUUAUUGACGUCGGUUGCAUCCAGAUUGGACGCGCUGUCCAGCCCGCUCCCGGGAACCAUCAGUUCUGUAGGCACGCCCGAAUCGUUAUCGAGCGCGGAUUCGCCUAGUUUCUCCUUCCGGCCGGUGGACAGCCCGUCGCCGGUGCGCGUGGGUCCGAGCAGCGACAGCGAUUCUCUGUCGGACGCGAGCAAUCAAAGCAAAUCGAUGGAUCAAGUGCGCGCCGACCAGAUCAGUCAGGACGGUCACAGAUGAACGUGAGAGAUUGUCGAGCAUGCGAGGGCUUGGAGAUGCGACGUGUCACAUUGAUCCCUCCCGGCGUGUGUAUCGACGUAAGGGAGAAGAUACUUAGUGUCUCACGCCGGAAAAACGAAAAGUCACGAGGCAUAUCCUUCUUGUCGUUCCGUUAAACAAAGAGGAAACAGUCGUGCGACACGUAAAUCAAACGACACGGUCCGAAUCUCGGUGCCUCGGCGCUGAAAGAGUGAAGCGCGAGACGGACCGGGUCUUAUUUCACUUGGAACUUUUAGUGCAAGUACGACUAAUUAACGUUUAGAAGAGAGGCAUCUCUAAUAAUUUCGAAUGUACGAGUAAGCGUAGCGCCAACAGUGUUCUCUCCCCUUAAAUGCUAAUCACACAUAUCGGCGAAAAGACGCUCCGCAUGCCUCCGUGCGAUCGUUCCGUUUAUUCCGGAGUAUUUGCGCUUCUCCGACUGGAAUGAUUUAUUUUCUUUUCCUCUUUUUUUUCUUUCUUCUUUUUAAGUAGCUAUAUAUAAUGAUUCCGUAUGUAUUGAUUAAUGUGUACACGAUAACGGCCCUCCCCUUUCUCCCCCCCCCCUCGCUAUUUGUACUAUUCAUCCUAUUCAGCGGACUCUUGGCUCUUGUUAUCUAUUUUUAAUGUUUGAUAAGUUUUGUUUUGGGCAUUGGGUAAUCCUCUAUCCAGUGACUUUCUAACGUGCGUAAUUUAUAAUCGAGAACUAUUUGUUAUGUAGACGAUCAAGGUUGCGUUUAAUCGCGUCGGUUUCGUAAUGCUGUACAGACAUUUAAUCAUCCCCUCGAGGCCUUUAAUUUCUUUCUUAUUAUUAUUAUAUUAUUUGGACCGAUAUACCGACUUGGGACUUGAGUUUUCAUCUUAACGAGAAUUUCGCGUUGACGCCAAUCUAAAUCCCCGGGCUCGUAUUCUUGGCUCGUAACUGUCAGCGUUUAAUGCUGAGUAGAAGAUUCUGAAGUUUUUCCUUAGAAAAAUAUGUUGAAGAGAUAAUGAUUGCAUAACACGAGGGUAAUAUAUAGAGAUAAAACGUGUUGCUGAGUCAUAUUUCUAAGGAAACCGGGGCGGGGGGGGGGAGGGGGGGAGUGAGAAUAUGCCGCAUAUCCUCACACUCAAAGAUCAAAAGCUGGUGUUCUCAGGUCGGCUCUUUUGAGACCGUCUUAAGUAAUGUCUUAAGAUGAUCUAAUACGGCUCUGUGAUUGGCUCGUCACAUCUUAAGAUGUUCUCAAGUGUGACAACCGAAUGUGAAUAUCGGCCGAAGAUCUCUCUAAUCUUCACUCGCGAGGGAAAAUCCGCAAGUAUUGCCUAUUUUUCCUAGCUUCCGAGACUGUCGGCUCGCCAGAAAAAAAAAAAAAAGAAAAAAAAACCACCAUAUUUGUGGCCGGGUGAAACUCGAGUAUCGGCGUGUAUCGAGCAUUAAGUAAUAUAUGUACAUAUACGCAAAAAUGCUGCUGUAACUCAUGAGAUAACGAGAUCUUGUCCUACGUAUAAAUGAUAAUAAUAAUAAUAAUAAUAAUAAUAUAUAGUCUGUCCUAGAUUUCUCUGGAUAAUAUCGUACAAACAAAAAAAUGGCUCUGUUUCUCUCUCUGACGCUUUGUUUACGAAUAAUGACGUAGACACGUAGACACUCCGCCAGGAUCUUCCCUUUACUUAAACCAAAGCAUUAAGUAUUAAGUAUUUUCCAAGCUCACACUAUACACAUUUUAAUACUCCCACUGUCCUUUCUUCUCCCUUCGUUCUUCGUCGGCUUGUGCCGAAAUCGAUCGAGCUCGUCCCUUCGUUUCUGACUUACACUUUAAACAUUACACGGCUGUUAUUACGUGUAAUGAUUCUUAGGGACAAAUGGAGCGUUGCAAGAAUUUAGAUUUCACGUGAUCGAGCGUUGCUUUUGGAGAAUAUAUGUUUUGUAUAAAUAUAUAUAUAUAUAUAUAAAUAGGAACACGGAUUGUGUUUGCAUAUAUCUGUACGAAGUAUCAGAUUUCAGAGAAGAGAGAAAGAGAGAGAGAGAAUAACUCGAUUGACGAUGCUACGAGAAUCUGACUGUGCCAGAAAAUAUUAUUAGUAAUAUGCGCAGAAUGGAUUAUUUAGAUCUUGUAUGCGUUUUAGCAUGUAUAAUAUCUUUCGAACUUCCGCUCGCCUGUUAAAUAAACUGAUGAUAGAUUA